GAGACUUAGAGCCCGAGCGGAGGCGGUGCGGAGCGUUUCUCCUCUCAGCGGCUCGGGAACCAGUGCGUGGUGCGGGGCCGCGGCUGAGCCUCUAGCUAGAAGGCGCAAGAGGUUGGCAGCUUCGAUUGAAGCACGUCGGGCGGCGACAGCAGCUAGAAGUCAUGAGCGACAGCGGCGAGCAGAACUACGGCGAGCGGGAAUCCCGUUCUGCUUCCAGAAGUGGAAGUGCUCAUGGAUCUGGGAAAUCUGCAAGGCAUACCCCUGCAAGGUCUCGCUCCAAGGAAGAUUCCAGGCGUUCCAGAUCAAAGUCCAGGUCCAGAUCUGAAUCUAGGUCUAGAUCCAGAAGAAGUUCUCGAAGGCAUUAUACAAGGUCACGAUCUCGGUCCCGCUCCCAUAGAAGAUCCCGUAGCAGAUCUUACAGUAGAGAUUAUCGAAGACGGCAUAGCCACAGUCAUUCUCCCAUGUCUACUCGCAGGCGUCAUGUUGGGAAUCGGGCAAAUCCUGAUCCCAACUGUUGUCUUGGAGUAUUUGGAUUGAGCUUAUACACUACAGAAAGAGAUCUAAGAGAAGUGUUCUCUAAAUAUGGCCCAAUUGCUGAUGUGUCUAUUGUAUAUGACCAGCAGUCUAGACGUUCAAGAGGAUUUGCCUUUGUAUAUUUUGAAAAUGUAGAUGAUGCCAAGGAAGCGAAAGAGCGUGCCAAUGGAAUGGAGCUUGAUGGACGUAGGAUCAGAGUUGAUUUCUCUAUAACAAAGAGACCACAUACCCCAACACCAGGAAUUUACAUGGGGAGACCUACCUAUGGCAGCUCACGCCGUCGAGAUUACUACGACAGGGGAUACGAUCGAGGCUACGAUGAUCGGGACUAUUACAGCAGGUCAUACAGAGGAGGAGGUGGAGGAGGAGGAGGAUGGAGAGCUGCUCAAGACAGGGAUCAGAUAUACAGACGGUCACCUUCUCCCUACUAUAGUCGUGGAGGAUACAGAUCACGUUCCAGAUCUCGAUCAUACUCACCUCGUCGCUAUUAAAGCAUGAAGUUGAAGACUUUCUGAAACCUGCCCUAGAGUUGGGAUAUUGUUUGUGGACAAUAUUUUUUAUUGUCUCCUGUUUAAAAAGUGAACAGUGCCUAGUGAAGUUAGGUGACUUUUACACCUUUUAUGAUGACUACUUUUGGUGGAGUUGAAAUGGUGUUUUCAUUCUGCAUUUGUGUAGUUCGGUGCUUUGUUCAAAGUUAAGUGUUUUCAGAAAAGUAUGUUUUGCAUGUAUUUUUUUACAGUCUAAAUUUUGACUGCUGAGAAGUUUCUAUUGUACAAAACUUCAUUUAAAUGGUUUUUCUACUGAAUCCAGGGUAUUCUGAAGAUCGAAGCCUGUGUAAAAUGCUACCAAAUGGCAAAAAGCAACAAUAAAGUUUGGUUUUUACUUUUCUUUCUAACAUAUCAAUGGUUAGCAGAACUGUUCAGAAUAGACUGUCAGUAGUAAAUUCAAGACAAAAAUGCCCGUUUUCUUCCAGUCCAUAAAACAUACCAUACUUAAUAUACCUGCAAUUAAGUGAUAAAUUAUGCUCUGUAACUCUAUACUGCUAGUAUUAGACCUAAAGAUCUUUCAAUACAGCUAAUGCUUAAUAUAAAUGUGAAUUUGUCGGCAUUUAUAUAAUCUGUAUUAUAUAUAUAGCAGGGAAUAAGAGUUACACAAUGAAUGCCUUUAAAAGGCUAUUUCUUAAAGCUGUUACAAGGGGAUAAAUGGUAUUUCAACUAGUUAUCAGCAAGUGACAAUACAUUCCACCACAAAUGUACUCUUGUUCUUUUAGCUUUUAGAUUAUAUGGAAAAACUGGGUGCUUCAGAGAUGAGAAAAAGAGAAGGGAACACUACACCUGUGUUGUGGAUGAACUGAAGACUUUGCCUGUUCAUUUUUUAAAUAUUAUUUUCAGGUCCUUUGCUUACCAAAGGAGGCCCAAUUUCACUCAAAUGUUUUGAGAACUGUGUUUAAAUAAACGCAAGUGGAAAGAGUAAAAGGCUGGUACAACUCAGUUUAUAAAGAUUUUGUUUUAACCUUGCUACAUAUAUAAUUAAGAGUUCUUUUUGUUGUUAUUGAUGUUUUAAAUAGAUAAAUUGUGUAUUCCUGGCAGAUAAAUUGAAGUAACUAGGUAAUGGAGUGAUCAUCUCCACACUUGCCCUGAAGGUGCCUGAAAUGCACAUUCUUCUUAGUUUAGGUUAUUUUCAUGGUCAGUUCUAGGGAAGUUGCUAUAGGCAGGUAAUUAAAGUUUGUUAGCCUGCUGACCUUUGUAUUGUUACUUAAAUACAGUAUAGUGUGUCCCAGGUACUUUGUAAAGCACUUCCCAUAUAUUAAUAUGUUCAGUCUGCAUCAAUCAAAAUGGUGUGGUAAUUUACCUUAGGUCAAACAGCUAUUAAAACAGCAAUGCUGGGAUCUGAACUCGACCAGUCUCAAUCCAUACUCUGUACUCUUAAUCAUGAUGUCAUUCUGCCUCUAAUCUGGGUAAGCAGAUGAUUAAAAAUACUGGUAAUGGAGUGUAGGCAUUAUUUGUAGGCCUAAAUUUGCUAAACUUACUGGACAGGUUGAGAUAGGCUGAAGAGUGGUGAGACUCCUUUCCUGUUCUGGGAUAAGAAAGCAAGUAGUAAUCUGUUAGUGUGCUGUGAUGGUGGUCACCUGGUUUACAAAAAGGGGUUUUGUAAGCCAUAAAGUAGUAUAUAAGCAUAAGAAUUUUGAAGACCAUGUGUAUGGAAGGUAAAUGGUCACUCCCUCACAGUAGAAUUUGGUACAAAUAGGUCCCUUUAAGACUUACUGUUCACACUAUGGAACAUUUUGUUCCCAUAAUUAAAGCUUUCUUACAUUUAA